AUGUUUGUUCCCAAAAGAUCUGCAAAGAAAGGGAAAUCUAAUAAAAAUAAACUUGAUAUUAACCAGGAAGUAAUACAACUCAUCCAAGAAGCUGUAAGAAAUGACCCUACCAAAUAAAUGAUCAGCUUCCUAAGGGAUGAAAUGGAAAAGUCCUGUGAGCAUGAGUUAAAGUUAUUUCAACUCAUGCUUGGCAAGAGAGCCAAUUCAGGCAUGCCUCCAUCAUUCAGUAUGGAAACAGGGUUUUACCCAUCAUGGAAUCAGGGUAUCAUGACACAGGGUUUUACCUAUCAAUGCCAAGUUCUCUAGGAGCACAACAGACCACCAAGGAAAGGAUGUCUGAAGGUUCUUAUGGGAACCCUCUCCUUUAUGGUAAUGGAAAUACCAAACAU